AGGAUCAUGGUCAGAGACGGAGCAGAUGAACACGAAGAAUUUGUAUAUGAAGAAGAGAAAUUUGACCAAGACACUUCCAUGGUGCUCAUAUGGCCAUUUCCACUUUUGGAUGAUGAUGGUCAAUUCAACCUGUACAAAUCCUGUAUAGCGAAUGUUGAUAGAACACACAGCGGGGAUAUGUUCUUAGUGAUUUAUGAACGCAUGGGACGAAUACAGCUGCUUCAACACUUCCGAGGUCUUGCUGGGAGAAAAGCUGAUGCGUUUGAGAAUGAUUUCGUCAAAGUACGUCGUGCUCAAUCGAUCAGCAUAAAAUAUAAAGAAAAGCCAGACGAGAAAAGUAUGUACAACCGUCUCAUUUCUAUUGAUGGGGAAAUCCAAGAAUGUGAGGAACCCGACUAUUUAAUCAAAAUAUUGGAUGGACCUUUGAAUGUGUUCUCUAGUACUCCUCUUCUGUGAUUCCUUUCUGUCAUCUAACCAGACUGGCUAUAUGGAUCUGUACCAGGACUAACCUCUAGUUGUCAAGGACUGUAUGGUAACCAGAGUGGUAUCUAGUACUGUAUGGUAACCAGAGUGUGUACCAUGGUAUAGCACUGUAUGGUAACCAGAGUGGUAUCUAGUACUGUAUGGUAACCAGAGUGGUAUCUAGUACUGUAUGGUAUCCAGAGUGGUAUCUAGUACUGUAUGGUAACCAGAGUGGUAUCUAGUACUGUAUGGUAUCCAGAGUGGUAUCUAGUACUGUAUGGUAUCCAGAGUGGUAUCUAGUACUGUAUGGUAACCAGAGUGGUAUCUAGUACUGUAUGGUAUCCAGAGUGGUAUCUAGUACUGUAUAGUAUCAAGAGUGGUAUCUAGUACUGUAUGGUAUCCAGAGUGGUAUCUAGUACUGUAUGGUAACCAGAGUGGUAUCUAGUACUGUAUGGUAACCAGAGUGGUAUCUAGUACUGUAUGGUAACCAGAGUGGUAUCUAGUACUGUAUGGUAUCCAGAGUGGUAUCUAGUACUGUAUGGUAACCAGAGUGGUAUCUAGUACUGUAUGGUAUCCAGAGUGGUAUCUAGUACUGUAUGGUAUCCAGAGUGGUAUCUAGUACUGUAUGGUAACCAGAGUGGUAUCUAGUACUGUAUGGUAUCCAGAGUGGUAUCUAGUACUGUAUGGUAUCCAGAGUGGUAUCUAGUACUGUAUGGUAACCAGAGUGGUAUCUAGUACUGUAUGGUAACCAGAGUGGUAUCUAGUACUGUAUGGUAACCAGAGUGUGUACCAUGGUAUAGCACUGUAUGGUAUCCAGAGUGGUAUCUAGCACUGUAUGGUAACCAGAGUGGUAUCUAGUACUGUAUGGUAUCCAGUAUCAUGGUAUAGUGUUGUAUAUAUGUGUGUACCAGUGGAUGUAUCCUAACACUGUAACAGUGUGAUUGUUAUUCAUCCAUAUACUGGAAUAUAUCUGUACACUGGUAUAUAUCCAUACACUGGUAUAUAUCCAUACACUGGUAUAUAUCCAUACACUGGUAUAUAUCUGUACACAAGGGUCUCUUAUGUGCCUAGUAACUAACAGCAUAUCAUUAGAUACACAUUUUGACAAAAUAAUUGUUCUGCUGUUUAAAGAAUGAUUUGAAAUAACAUUUGAAUAUGAAUGGACUUGAAUCACAUCUAUUCAGUAAUGUUAAAAAACUGCUGGUUUAAGGAUGUAAGACUUCAAGAA